ACCACAACCAUCUGACAGACAUCAAAGCUAAAUUAUCAAGAGUACAAACCGUAUCGAAAAUCAACAAAGAAGAUGACAAAAGUAUUCAGAGCACUGAUUAUGGGCGCACCUGGUUCAGGUAAGGGCACAAUUUCUGAGUGGAUCGUUCGAGAUUUCAAUCUAAAACAUCUUGCUGCGGGAGACCUCCUCCGAAAAAAUGUCAAGGAAAAAACUCCGAUUGGUCGUGAUGCAUCAUCUUAUAUCGAAAAGGGCCAACUUGUACCUGACAGUUUAGUCACCAAGAUGAUAUUGGAGGAACUCUCAACAACAUUUAGUAAGCAGUCGUACUUACUCGAUGGAUUCCCCCGUACCAUUCCUCAGGCAGAAGCAUUAUAUGAAAAAGAGAAACUCGAUACCUGUAUUAAUCUCGCUGUUCCAGAGCAGGAAAUUAUGGAUAGAAUCCAAGGCCGCUGGUACCAUCCUGGCAGCGGCCGCACUUACCAUACGCAGUUCUCACCGCCAAAAGUCCUUGGAAAAGAUGAUGUAACCGGGGAACCUCUCGAGCAAAGGUCGGACGAUAAGCCUGAUACUGUUAGAGCUCGGCUCGACGCAUACCGAAAGCAGACGGCUCCGGUACUUAACUUCUACAAGGAAAAAAAUCUCCUCCAAGAGUUUGCAGGAACAAAAUCGAAGGAAAUCUAUCCAAAAGUGCAUCAGUAUUUGGCAACAAUUUGCGAACCAGUAAAUACGCAAUGAGUGGCCAUUGAAACGAGCAAAUAUUUCUGAAUAUAAUAGCCUUCCCACGCUGAUUAACCGAUUUCGUCAUAUCAAAUUAUUAUAGAGUGAUUUGUAUUCCAAGAAUUAAUACGCCUGACUUUGUAUGAAACGCUAAGAAAAACUAAUAAAACAAAGUGAUAUAUUUUUAUAUUUUUUAA